UGAGGUCACAGUGAGCUCAGUGAACUGUGAGUGAUUUCACCAUGUCUUACCUAAUAGUGUUCUUCUCGUCUUAAACUUAAUUAGAAGUUCUAAGUGAGGUAAAAUAGGAUUCCAGGAUCAUGGCUGCUCAAGAGAGAGGGAUAAAUAUGAUGGGAAAGCCGGUUUUCGUACAUCUCAACGGGGACAGUUAUAAGAGAAAGCGUAUUGUUGUCAAUCACAGAGACAUGCGAAGCUUUGAAUCUUUCUUAAAUACUGUGGCAGCUAGUUUUCGUACACCAGCUCGAGAAAUAAGGACUCCAGGUGGAAGACAUCGAAUCAGAACGCUUGACGAUCUACAGAGAGACUGCACUUAUGUCGUUAAGGGAAGAGAGCCGUUUAAAAAAAUUGGGUAAGAUUUUUGUUUGCGAUGGCGCGAUCAGACUCGUGUUUGCGGAGUAAUUCUUCAUCAAGUGUCAUUUGGUUGAUCUUUGUUCACAAAUGCAAACUCUCCAUAUAAUGAUAGUCUGUUUGCGCUUUAUUUUCUCAGAUAUGAUGUGAAAGACUCGAGGCCCAACCGUUUACCGCCUCUCAAAGGACCUGAGGUAAGAUAUAUUCAAAACGCGUCAACAUACAGUUAAAAUCUAAUCUAGGUCAUAUUUUGUAUACUUUGUCGUGCAGUGAUAAAGGCAAUUAAAGACAAAUAUUGUGUUCGAUGUUUUUGGACUAUUUUUUAAUGAUCGCACAUUCGAUCACAAUCUAUUUUUGUAAAGCAACUAUCAAUUGUUCAGAGUUUGAUAGGUUGAUCUUCUCUAUUAUUCAUGGAGACGAUAGAGCCUUAAUUAUGCCGAGUGAGUUCAAUAACAAAUUUGGUAUCGAAGUGAACUUACCAUGCAUGAAUAAUUAAACACUUAAAUGUUUAAAUAAAUAUUUAACCCACUUGCUAAGGAGUUAUAUUCAAAUAAAGACUCAAAAAACGUCAAUUUUGAAAUCGUGAAAGGAUUAAUAGGCAGGUCGUAGUUUCCAGAGUAUACUUCACAGAAUUUAUUCAAUGAGUUGUUCAUGUACACGUCUCUCAUUGUUUGAGGAUGUGACUGUCAUUUCGUGAUUAUAUUUCGUUAACAGGUAAAUUUCCUCGAGCUAAAUCAUCGCAAAUUUGGAAACGUGCCGGGCAGAGCGAGGGUAAGCGGUCUACGGAAAAAGGAAGAGAUAAAAACCAUCAUGUAAGUACUGCAGCUCUCGGUUAAAAAUGUCCUUGUCGUUAUUCACCAUGAAUUAUUUCAAACUUACCAUGAUUUGAAACCCAGCUUGUAAAAGGUGAACCAGUGGACUGUUAAUAUGCAUGACAAAGGAUUAAAACUUGGAGCCACACUAUUUUCUUCUUUUUUCAUCAAUAGGCACUCCCCCUUUUUCAGUGCAGUCCCCAAAUCAGUUGCAAAAGGCUCGUGACCAUUCUUUUACACAGCAUUGUUUUUUUCAUUUGGAAGUGGUUUGAGUUCUCAUGUCUAGCUUCCAUCUAACUCUUGGACUCAGGUUAUGUAGAGGGUACCAAAUGUCACUCUGACAAUGCACUCGAGCAGCUGUACUGGGUGUUUUUCAUAGCAUAGCAUAGCCCCUUGCAGAGCUCCCUUGCAUGUACCUUAGAAAAUAAUGGCAAUACUUUGUCAGCAUCUUACAAGAGGCUAUGUGUCUGUCAAUUAUUCAAAAGUGUUCUAUUCCUGACCAUUUUAGUAACCUGAACAGAGGUAUUCUGAAUUAAAUUUGAAUAAACAAUGAGGGCCAUUUGAAAUAAAGUACUUUGAGCCCUGUUACUAUGCUUGAGUGAGGCACGCAUGCCUUGAAUUUUCCCCCUGAAGAACUUUUUCUCUUUGGUUUAACGUGAAAUGAUUUAACGCAGAAUAUAAAAUAUAUGUAGAAUUAUGUUUUGGACAAAUUAAGCAGAUGUUCUUAAUGUUCAAUUGUUGUGUGGGUGUUAAACCAUUCAUAUUCAUGUCACAAUGAUUAAUGUAAUAUGUAAUGUUUUAUUAUAACAGUGUUUUUUGUAAUGGAGUUGUGGCCAAACCAAAAAGAGUCCAGUUGCGAACAGACUUUAAAAUGUUUCAGGUGAGGUGAAUACUCCAAAAAUCACAUCAUGUGCAAAAUAUGAUUUAACCUUUUCACUUCCAAGAUCUCAUUUUAGUAAUUCUCCUUACUAUCUGCCAUACAAUUAUUAUGAUGUUUGUUUGGAGAACUUGGUAUUCGAUCAGUCAGUAAUCUCCUAAUUGCUAGUUUUCUCUAUUCUUGUUACUUGUCUGCUGGAUGUAGUAUUGAUAUUGCCUUGGUUGCUUUUGGGAGUAAAAGAUUUUGAAAACAGAUGUAGGUCAAUUUAAUAAGCAGAUCAGGGGCCUGUCCCUUGAAGGUUCCAGUAAUUUAAAGCUGUUCUGUUUUAAUACAAAAUGGGGGCUUUAAAGGUUUUAAAAACUAUAAAAUUAAACUAUAAGCUAAAGAAAAAUAUUGUACUUGAGGGGGUGAUAGAACUGCUUCUCUAUGCUUUAAAUUUUGAUCUUAAAAAUUUGGCUUUGGGCCCAUAAAGUUAUUGACUUUCAAGAAAUGACCUUUGGGCUGAGUUGUUCAAAGGCGGAUUAGUGCUAAUACCCUCUUUUUGGGAUAAUUUUCUCUAUCCUUUUUACAACAACCCAUCAUCAAAUUGCAGGGAAAAAUAAUUAAAAUGAAUUUCUUUUAAAUCUUUUAGAUCUGAAAUCAAGUUUCACACUAACCCUGGGUUAUAUUCACCCAGCUUUGCACAACCCAGUUAAGGCCCUACCCUGAAUAAAAUAAUGAAACCUUGACUUUCCAGAUUUAAUGGAUGGAAAGCCUAUGAAUUUAGGAAUUUCAGAGUGUCUUUCUGGAGUGCAGAGUUGAUUUCAAAAUGGUCGUAUCCAUACUAAAAUUUUAAGCACUUUUAAAGCCAGGUAGUUGUAAAUAUUUUAUUUCUUGGUGGCAGAGAUUAUUGGUAAAUAUUUCUGAAGCAUAUUUCACCUUUUAAUCAUACCAGUAGUUAGUUGAUUGCGAUAAUCAAAAGCCCUUUUUUUUUCCCUGAAUAUGAUUAAGGUCUUAGAGUCUGUGAAUGAUAAAGUGAGCUCAGUCAGCAAGAAUGGUGCAGUUUAUGAGUAAGUCUUCAUUGCUUUUGUAAAUUACAUGUAGGUAGUCUUGAGCAGUGUUAAGAGUGUGGUUAUUAAUUCUAGACGUGUUUGUGCACUCGAAAGAAUUGUUAAAAAAAAAAAGAAGAAAAAAAGGUCAAUUUUCAAAUCUCUUUGAAACUUCCAAAUAAGCUCUACACGAAACCAGUGUCUGUUGAAGGAUUACUUUGUUCAUUGAUAAAUGAUAUCUACAAAAAAAAACACUGUAAGUUGGAUUCUAUUAUUUUUUUGCCUAACAUGGUAACAUAAAACUUUAGAUCAGCACCAACAUCAACCUCAGUUGAAAGUCAGCCAAAAAUAAUCCUCUGGCAAAGUUUUAAAUGCAAUUUUGUUUCUCUAAGUUGAAUGAAUGUGUGAAGACUGUCAACUUUCUUAAUGUCAUUUACGCACAUCACUUGCUUGAUCACUCAGAUGAUAUUCAAUCAUCUUUCUAAUAUUUAUGUUUGUGUUUCAGUCUGUAUACUUUAGAUGGUCAAAAGAUAUCAGAACCAUCACAGCUGAAUGAUUCUGGACAAUAUGUUGCUGUUGGGAGAGAACGAUUGUAUGUUUAGUCUAACUUCUUCUUUAAUGAUGUAUCUGUUUAACCUUUCACAACAGAACAUCUGUAAGUUUAUACUCCAUACUGUUCUCUAUACAUUUCCUAUGGUGCUGACAAGGAAAAUUUCUUUAACAAUCAAUAGUAUCUUUAGUUUGUGAUCAAAAUCCUUUAUUCUCUUGACCUCAAUGUUUGAUUCAGGGGUGAUAUUGAAUGGAGAAAUUAGAUGGGGAUCCCAUUGGGAUCAAAGUGCUGAUCCAUUUUCCAUGAUAGAAAAGAAUGCUUAAAAAAGUGGAAAUCAGAGUUGAGCUGACUGUAUUGUGCAACAAGUGAAUUAUGAUGAGUAAUUGUGAAAUUAUUCAUAAUUAUUGUUUUGGAAUUUAAAGUGUUCCAGGAAGUACUUCCAGUUUUAAAAGAGCAUUUCUAGACACUUAAAGAUCAAUCACUUGGUUGAUGGGAUGAUUCUGUAAUUUUCCUUGAUUAUCAUGAUUGUGACUUGAAGCAAAAAGGUUCAUUCCAUGUUCUGAAGACAUAAUGUGUAGAAGAAUCUGACUGGAUUGCAAUUGUUUUUCCUUUGAAAUAUUUCAAUUAACUCCCUUGGCCUCCUUACCAAGAUCUACAAAACUAUACUCCUAUCAGUGGGCUGAGCAAUUGAUUAUAUAGUUUACUUCUAUGUAACCAACAGACUGAUGAAGGCUGAAUAAUUCAGUCAACAAAAUAUUUCCAAAGAAAAACUAAUUACGUUCCCAUCAUAUUCCUUUACAUACAAAUUUUAUGAUAAUAGUUCACCCUUAAUGUUCUUUGGACUUUCAUUUCAGCUUUGAUAGAAGUGUUACCUACAGUGACCAAGGAGUAGCAGCCCAGUUAACUCCAAGAAGGUGCGAUAAUCAUUUAUUUGGGAUUUUUCUUUCACAAUUUCUUUUUUCACAACCACAGUUAUUUUAAGAAUUGGUUAAAUAAAUUAAGAAAGGUUUAUUCUUAAAGGUUUCCGUGGUGGUCAUUGGGUUACACACAUGUAAAUAUAUUUAUUUGUAAGAUAACAAUAAUUAUAUUUGUUUUGAGGAAAGAUGAUAAAAAAAGAAGAAAAAAUAGUUAUUAGUCUUUGAAUCAAGGAACUCAAAGACAAACAUGGAUCAAACGUAGCUGAUAAGAUAUAUGUAGAGACAUUCUUAAGAGAAACAUAUUAAGGAAUAAACACAUGAUUAAAAAUCAUAUUUGUGUCAAGUUCACUUGUUAAUCAGUUUUUAGUGUUAAGAAUUAAUACAUUUCACAUUGUGAAUUGAUUUAAGUUUAAUUUUUAAAAGUAAACUUACUUCACGGCUGACGAUCAUUUGUUUUCCAACAGAACCUCAACCAAAGCCAAAGGAAUAGAAAGAAAACCCCCUAGUAAAGUAAGGUUAACUUAAACAUUUUGGGUUUAGAGUGUGCAGUGUUUCUCAGGGUCUUUGUAAAAUUAUGUUCAUUGAGAUAAAUGUUGAAUAUUAAAUGCUAUCAUAUUGGGUUUAUUGAAGUUGUUUAACCUUCAUUAUAGAGUAAAGUUGUAUUGUCCUGACAUAAGAAUUUUCACUGUACAAUGUGAAUGCCACUUUCUGAUACAGAUGAUUGAACUCUGAGAACAUUUUUGAUUUCUUUCUUCCACCUUGGAUACAAAGCCCCAAUUUUUUUUUGGAAUUCCAUCUUAAAUUGUAUCCUCUUCCUUUCAGAAGUGAGGAAAUUGUUUAAUAUGUUUUGAUCAUUAUGACAUGACCAUCAUGAAUGACUGGCCCUUAAAUAUAUAUUUAUAUGAAAUGAAUUUCAUACAAAAUUGGAAAACAGCUACAUUGAUAAUUCAAGAAACUGUUUUGUAAAUAACAGGAAGAAUUCAAAAUUGAUAACAUUGUUUAUUGAAGUUAAUGAGUGUAAUAUAAAUGUUUUCAUUCAGAGAGGAGCAGCUAAACGAGCUACAAAAAAGAAGUCUCUUGUGGCCGACAAUGAGGAGCCUGUGAGUAAAAUAAGUUACUUGAAUCAGCUGUAGAGUGCAAGUCAAAUAACAUUUAAUUACUCACUGAAGUUGAUGUACAUGUCCACCACUUUCAGUGACACUGAGAUGAAUACAUGGACUAAGUCCUGUUUUAGUGUAUACCACACAGAUGCCAAAAUAUAACCUUUAUUUUUUGCAAUAUACUUAAAAAUAAUUAGAAAUUGAAGUAUUGACAUGCAAUUUUUGCCUCUUCUACUACUAAAAGGUAAAUAAUACUUGUUAAUCACUUUCAAACUUCCCAAUUCAUGGGUGCAAUCAACAAAUAUCCAUCAAAGUGGAGGUGGCUAGUAGUGGAUAUUUACUGAGCCAUGAAGCACAGCAAGGUACAUAUCCACCACCAGCCACCGACACUGUGGUAAAUUUUUUUUUUCAGUACCUGCUAAAACAAUGAGAUCAGACACAGCACAGAGAGAUAAUUUAACUCAUUCAGUCCUGAAACGAUUAACUGGCAGUGCUGUGUACACACAAUUAGGAAAUAUUUUAUUACAGUGCUUAUAAUUUAGAGGCUCAUUGGUGCACCUCAUCUGGUGGAGAUCUGAUACAGAUAUUGAUACUCCAACUUCAAUCUUUUGCCAGGCUAAACAUCUGUAUAGUUCACCCAGAACUGGGUAUUAACUGUAUAUCAUCACUAAUGUGCACUUAACAAUAUUAAAUUUUUUUUCAGCAGGUGAACAGUCUGCCCCCAUACAUGGCAACAAGAGAUGAACCAGAACCAUUUUCUCCUUUUGAUUCUUUGAAAGAUACUCUAGCUGAGUCUCUUAGAGAUGAUGAGCCAGUGAGAGGCCAUGUGACAGAAAGAAGUGACUCUCCACAUGAAUCAGAGAUUGAGGAUAUACCAAUAGAGGAAGCUUUACAGGAUCAGGUUGCUAAUGUUCUUGGCAACAAUGAUGUUCCAGUUGAUAAUUUUGUGUAUGGCAGAAAAGAUAGUUCAGAUAAUGGUAAGUAUAAAAACUCAAUUGGUCAAUAAGCACGCUAGAAAUCGAGGAAAGAUUUUUCAAGUGUGUGAUUAGCAGCUAGUAGUAAUGUUUGUCCUGGUCAAACAAUUUCUUUUUCCUUUUGACUUUUGUUUAUUCUAGCAUUGUAUUAUAGUUUAAGAGAGUUCUCAGGGAUGCUAAAAAUGACUCAAAUAUGUUGAUGCAAGUUAUCUGAACACUCUGAUGAGCCUUCCUGUUUGUGUGAUUAAGUGGUUAGGGUGCCAAACUUGUUAUCUGGUGGUCCUGGGUUCAAGUAAUACACCCUGCUACUCACUGGAUUUGUUCUUGGUUGUCUGGAGUUCAACUCCUGGGCAGUACCCUGUAAAUAGCCAACUGGUCUGGGUCCUGAUAGUUGGGAUUUUCAAGCACUUGUUUUUGAUAUGUUACUCGAAAUAUUUGUUUCUCUCUCUUAACAGUGCUUGGAGGCUUGCAAUAAGCACUAAUAUAAAAUUGUGAAUUUAAAAUAUAUGUUUCAUUUCCCUCUCUGAUUAUCCUCUCUCUGAGACUUCAAGUUUGGAAAGCCCCCUCUUUGUCCCCCUCUUGAACUUAAGCCAAAAAAAACUGACAAGCUUACGUGGUUAACAAAUUCACUCGGAGUGAGUUGUGCAGUGAACAAUGCGUUACCAUAUCAGUUACUUCUGAAUUUGUACAAAUCAUGCUUCAAACAACUUGGUGCUCGUAGCCUUUAAAAUAACUCAAUUCAUUCUCUUGCUUGAAAUGGACAUGUUUUCUCUUUGCAGGGAAGCCAUCAGUGUAUGAAGCUAGUGGCGAGAACAGAGAGGAUGCCAGAGAAAUCCAAGAUGAUAGAGGUGACGCCCUGUUUACUUUAAUUUGUUAACUAUAAGUGAUCUUGCGAGGAGCAAUCACACUGGUUGGAUGUACACUAUUUAUUUUUCCAACUCACCAGCAACUCCAAUCUCACCAUCAAUGACCCUAAAUCACCCAUCAUAUUUUGGUACCAAUCCGUCACGAACCUAUCAACAAGCUCAUUGUGACGCUUUUGUCACAACAAACUAGUUUUUAAUGUCAUGGACACUAUUUGAAUACAAGGUUGACACAAAUGUUACUUGUUUUGAUGUGUAUCCAACCUCGAGUAGUACAUUUUGUAUGUCUCAGCUGUCUUGUCCUGCAUGUUGUGUGUGCAGUUUUGCUGGAGUUUGAAUUUAAAACAUUCAGAGAUGAUGUGGUGUACCAUAAUGUUCCCAGCUUUACAUUACAUGUUACAUUGUAUUGUAAAAUUAUAAAAAUCUUUCCUUCUUUUUAAAGAAACAAUAGAAGACAAACCCAUUGGAUCAAAUACCAGCUGAAGAGGUUGCUGAUGAAGAAAUAGAAGAUGAAAACUAUGGCAACCGAAAUAAUUCCACAGACAAGAUACACAAUGAAGAAGAACGAGAAGAGACGGAGGAAAAUGGUGAAACAAAACAUUAUGACAAUGAAAGAGUAAGUGACUGGAAUGCAUUUGGUUUGGACAAGUACUUUGCAAUACUGUAGUUCAGUUAAAAGUAAUAAUUAAAUGGUUAGCAUUGUUGUAUUUAGCAUCACUUUUGGAACCCACACAGACACACAGGGGUAUUGUUGUUAUUUAUAUAUGUCGUUUAACUUUUAGUAAAGAAAAGAAACCUCUGUGAAGUGGCAUUCUGAUGCAUUUUGGGCCUCAUAGUCUACAGCUAGCACCCACUCUUGCUAGUUAACCCUUAAACUCCUAAGAUCUUAUUGUUAAUUCUUUUCUUUAGCUGCUAAAUCUUACCCUGUAAGUAAACAAUGAGAAUUUGGUGUUUCAUCAGGACAACUUAUUCCUGUUAAGUUUGAGUAUUCUCAUUACCUGUUUGCUGGAUAAUGUAUCAAUAUUAUGGGGAGAAGUUACAUGUGAAUCACUUCUGCGAGAGCUGUGGAAACCAGCAGGAGAAGCUGCACUUAGUGAGAUUUAGUGAAGUCCUUUAAGUUUAGAGAAGUUAGAGCAUUAUCUUAGCUAGUUUUAACAAUUAGAUUAACUGUGUCAGGUAGCUGAGAAGGAAGGUACAUUUGUCAAGUCACAGUCUUCGUUACAGAGGUUGAGACAUCAGAGAAAAGGUGCGGUAGGAGCUGAUAUUAAGUUUGAUUGGCCAUGUUGUCGUGGAGAAUGUUGUCAUGGAGCAUCUUGCCCUUGAGAACAGAAGAAACCACGAAUAGAAAAACUAAAAUAGAUCUGCCUUUAGGACUACAACCUGACUGUGGAGGUUAACAGAGGGCAAAAUAGAUCUUGUUACUCGUUAAAAGCUCAUGAUACAGCAGUGAAGUCCCCAGACAUUAAAAGCUUUGUUUUGGCUAACCCUAGCUCAUUUUAAUCGUGAGGCCAAACAGGAUCAUAACUUUUUAUCCCCAGGGAUCCAGCCUGGCUGCCAAAUCUGCUUAAAAUGAGCUAGAUGCUUUCUUCUCCUCCCUGAUCAGCAGGGUUACUUAAUAGGUAAAAGAGUAUAUGUAGCUUUUCAAUCAGGGUAGGUGUAAGCUAAACUGUGCCCAAAAUCUGUGGUAGAAGUGCUGAAACCCAUGCAUUCUUAACAUACUCUUUUGAGUAUUGUGUUAUUUUAAAAGUGGUAGAGUCACUGAUUAAACUCCUGGUGGUAGUUGGUUGUGAGGUAUCCAUUUCAAAGUCAAUUGAGGGAAAGGUGACAUUUACUUUUGGAGAUGGAUUAGUUGUUCGGGGUGACUCACUUUGUGUGUGUGUGUUUCUUUUUUUAGGAUCAACCAAAAGCAAGUGAACAAAUUGAGUCUAAAGAUACAAAUGAAAGUAUAGAACAACAAGAACAACUUGAGCCAACAGGCACUGACAGGCCACAAGAAGAGAUUCAUACAACUGAAAAUAGUGAGCCACGAGAAGAGAUUGAUACAACUGAGCACAAUGAGCUGCAAGACUUAAACAACCAUAAUGAACCACAAAAUGAACACGAUCAACAGGAAUCUGUACAGUGAAAUUAUUUGUUAUGAUUAUACAGUUAGUAGUUAAGUAGAUGCAACUCUUGUUCUUCUGAGUGAAAACGUGGCAUGCUCCACAGGUUUCCUGGAGGAAAGAAAAGAUCCUCCUUUUUUAAGAAGACAGCCUCUUGCCAUGUUAUGUUUCUAGAGGAAGAGUUGUCGAGGAUUAUUAUAUUUUUAAAAACUCAAGACAUGACUCGGUGAUUUACAUCUUUGGAAGAAAGAUUGUAGUUCAGCAACACACAUUAUAGUCCCUAUCCUAUACUGGUGGGGAACGUUUCAGGAUUGAUCAACUGUUUACAGGACUGUUAAGAAGGUAUUAUUUUCUCCUCAGUACAAUAAUUUUACUGAUCUGAAAAAAAUCUAAAAAUUUAUUUCAAAUGGAGAACAAAUCACAAAAGUCUCAGAAACAUGUGCAAAAUCUAUUUAAUUUCUGGAAAUUAUUCUGAGAUUAACAAAGACUCUUAAUUUCUUAGACUCGAAAUUUAACUUGAAUAAAUCCUCUUGAUGAACAAUUCUGUUUUCGCUUUCCUCACAAGGAAUCCUUUUGUUUGUUUUUGGGAUUUUGUGUCAAAGGAAAUCAUUUUAUACAGUAAAUAAAUAUGUUUAUGUGGUAAUGCAAGUUGUAACGGUAUAUUUUUACGGCAUUUCAUUCGUUUAUGCAUUUCGUAAUGUAAAUACAUCAACUUGAAGAGUCUUUAAUAUAACGUGGGCUUUGUUUGUAAACAUAGUAAAGUGGUUGUUAAGAUAGCUCAGGUACACCAGUUAUUUUCACUAGAGGUCUUAGAUGGUCAUUUGUCUGACAGUUGGAUUAAAUAUUACUUUCUUUACCCAAAUGGAGUACUGAUUUGGACAAUGGAAUUAGUAAUUACAGCAAAUAUAAGCGAAGUUUAUACCUGAGCUAAGUGGCCAAUGCUGCUUGGGCUGGCCUACUCCACCCUGUAUGGUUGUACCAGUUCAUUGCAAAGUUGCCCACCAGGUCUCCCUGACAAUUCAACUGUACCCACAUGCACCUUUGGGAGGAGAGAGGGAUCGUGAGCAUAAAAAGUAUUUUGCUCAAGAACAUAACACAAUAACCAGGUCUGCACAGCUGACCGUAAGGCCACCAAAAUAGUUAAUAUUAAAUAGUAAAAGUUACAGCAGCUGGG